AUAAUAAUCAUCUGAUUAAAAGUGACACACGUUGUUGGUAGCUCUUAUCUGUCUUCCAAAUUGUUGUUCGGUUGUGCGUGUGCGCGUAAGUGAUUAUGCCAUUUGUUAAAAAGCGCAUUUACUUGCAUUCCAGAUUGGCCACAUCCAGUAUGGCAAACGCGCUGACACUCGCAGCAGCAAACAUACUCGUCAAAUGAGUGAUCUAUUUUAGCUGUUUAUUGUGUCCAAGCUCUUCUUCCACCGGUUCGCAUGACGGCGUCGCUUUACUGUCAUGUGUUGAGAGUUAAUAUUUAAUAAGCUUGCGAAAGUUAAAGUCACCAAGUAGACUUUGUGCUCACGUCUACAAAAGCAAAAAUGGCCUCUAUGCGGGCAGCUAAACAAGCGCUUAGAAAAGAAAUAAAGCGACGGGUUGCACUCUUAAGUGAACAAGAGAAACAGCGACAGUCUUCUAUUGUCUGCCAAAAGCUCAUCAAACACCCAAAGUAUGUGGCUUGUAACCGUAUUGCAGUCUUUCUCAGCGUGAAUGAUGAAGUGCGCACUGAGGAAAUCAUCAAAGAUGUCUUUAAAUUGGACAAAAGCUGCUUCAUCCCCAGAUAUGACCAGAGUAGCAACCACAUGGACAUGCUGAAGCUUAAUAGUAUGCAGGACAUGACAACACUUCCAAAGACAUCUUGGAAUAUUUUACAGCCAGCUGAAGAUGACAAGACCAGAGAGGAAGCAUUGUCUACAGGAGGUCUGGAUCUCAUCUUGGUGCCAGGUCUUGGCUUUGACCUAUCAGGGAAGCGUUUGGGCAGGGGGAAAGGUUUCUAUGACACCUAUCUGCAGCGCUGCUUCCGGAACCCCAAAGGCAAGCCCUACACAAUCGGCUUGGCCUACAAAGAGCAACUGUGCACGGACAUUCCUAUUGACGACAAUGACGAGCUCAUUGAUGAGGUCCUCUAUGAAGAGGAGCAAUAAAAGUUAUUGAUGCUA